CUGUUAGGAAGCAGAACAUCCGACUACACUGCAGCGAUCAAUCAUAUUAUCGAGUUAUCUGUUUUGCCCCUUUCACACACUCGUGCAUCGCCACUCUGAUCGUCGGAGCCUGUGCGAUCCCAUUCCAAUUCUAGUCGACCACCAUGGCUUACGACAUGGGCUACAGCUCCAAGAAGGCAUCUGGAUACGGUGAUGACGCCGAGGGCGAAUACAAGGCCAGCACCUACGGGGACGACAACGAAGGCGGGUACAAGAAGUCUGGAGGCUAUGGAGACGACAACGAGGGAGGGUACAGGAAGUCUGGAGGCUAUGGGGACGACAACGAAGGAGGAUCCAGGAGAACUGGUGGGUACGGCGGAGACGAAGAGACCAGGCCCAGGCAUGGCCACAAGAAAGACUCUGACGGCGAUGGCAUUCCAGACGAGUUCGAGAAGAGCCAAUACAACAGGGAAGAUGUCGAGGACUUGAAGAACCGCACGGACAUUGACGACGAAGAGAGGGAUCACCGCCGGAAGGUGUUGAUGGCCGAGGUUGCAGCAGGCGUGGUGGGAGCUGGAGUGCUCGGAGUCGCCGGCUACGCGGCGUACAAACACUUCAACAAGGAUGACGACGAGGAGAAGGAGGGCGAGGAGGGCGAAGGGAGGAGACGCACGUCCAGACGCGGAGACGAUGAGGAGGGUGGCCACAGGAAGAGCGGGUACGGCGACGACGAAAGAACCGGCAGCUACGGGAAGAAGAAGAGCGGGUACGGCGAAGACGAAGAGGCUGGCGGUUACAAGAAGAGUGGGUACGGCGAGGAGGAAGAAGGAGACAACAGGAGGGGAUGCGGGGAAGAGGAGGAGAAGAAGAGUUCAUGGUUUUAAGUCUCCUGGUGCCGCGUGGACGGCUCCCAGCAAGGGUCUGUAAUUGUUGUGAAUUAUCAAGGGCGAAUUGAACAUAAUUGUCAUUUUGGGAACAUGUAACAUCUAACAGCUCAGCUGUGGAGGUUCCAAGGUUGCAAUCCUGGACCUGAAUGUAUACGCGACUGGCCUACUGCUCUGUCAUUUGGCGAAACUCGGUUUCGAAGAUAUAAUGAAAUGAACGGGUUUCGCGUCUCUGA